AUGUUGCUGUCACAUGAAAGUCAAAUUAAGUUUUCUGCUUGGCGAGUUUCAGAUGAUGUUUCUCGAGCCAAUUCUCAACUGCGUCAAUGGUUUCCCGAACCAGUUAGUUCCCCAACCAAGGUACAAGCUGAAGAAUCCCAAAAGGAUGGAUCGGCAUUAGGCUCGGAGGAAUACGUGGGAACGGCAAUUAUUACAGUUGGAUCUGCUAUCUCACUACUCCUUAAAGAUCCGGAGGAGGAAGUCGAUAAGCUAAAGCUCUUGGAGUACCUCAGCGAUACUGGGAAAUUACUAGCUGAAACUUUUCAUCAGCACUCAGCAGCUAGAAAGGCAUAUAUGACACCAGUUAUGAAAAAGAGUGUGAAGACACUGGUAGAUUCAAUCCACUCAGAAGAGUGCCUUGAUGGUGAUAAAUUGGCAGACCAAAUUAAAGAAGCCAAAACUAUCGAAAGGAAACUGAAAAGGCCCGUCUUCUCAAUACAGACAGACGGACCCAGUCAACCAUCGGAGAUUUUCGCGCUUCAAGUCGAGAACUCAGAACCGCAGAAAUCCGACAUCUACUCGGGAAAAGAGCCGGGACUUCAUGGAAUCGUCGAAGAAGUUACAGAGCCACGUGGCCAAGAUGGCGGCCUCACGUGGGAAACCGGCGCUGGAUCCCGCCUGGGAGAAUCUCAACAAUCACCACGUUGGAAUAAUGCCAAAGACUUACCGAGAUUUGUCAAGUCGCCUGGUCAAGAUACUCUCGGUGGAUUAAAUAAAAACUGA